CUCUGUGUGGCACACACAUAUGCACUCACGCACGCACGUUGGCACACAUAUUUUGUGGUGAGAGCUGGCCUGUCCAUUCGUUUUUUUGCUGCAGCCGAUACCACAUGGAGCACCGGUGAGCUACCAACUACACAGACCAGGGUGUUAAGAUGGAGCGGAUAUGUUUGAUCCUCCUGCUGAUGGGUAGGACCACUUCAGUCUUGGCACAGUUUAAUGGAUACAACUGUGAUGCCAACUACCACAGUAGGUUUCCCGCGGAGCGCGACAUCAGCGUGUACUGCGGGGUUCAGACCAUGACCCUGAAGAUUAACUUCUGCCCGGUGCUGUUCUCCGGCUACACCGUUGCAGACCUUGCGCUCAAUGGUCGCCAUGGCGAUACCCACUGCCGGGGCUUCAUUAAUAACAACACGUUCCCCACGGCAGUACUGUUCAGCAUCAGCCUCAGCACACUGGAGGCCUGCGGCAAUAGCCUGGUGGUGACAACAGCCUACGGGGCUAAUGCCUACGGGAACAUGUCGCUGGUGCAGAUUGGUAAUAUCUCAGGGUACAUCGACACUCCAGACCCGCCAUCCAUCAUCAGCUAUCUGCCCGGCCUGCUGUACAAAUUCAGCUGCAGCUACCCCCUGGAAUACCUGGUCAACAACUCACAGCUGGCAUCGUCAUCUGCUGCAAUAUCAGUGAAGGACAGCAAUGGUACCUUUGUGAGCACCUUGAGUAUGAUCCUUUACAAUGACUCAACCUACAACCAACAACUCUCUAUCCCAAUGGCCGGACUGGCUUUGAAAACCCGAGUGUUUUCUGCAGUGAAAGCCACAAACCUGGACAAACGAUGGAAUAUCUUGAUGGACUACUGUUACACCACUCCCUCAGGGAAUCCCAAUGAUGAACUGCGCUACGACCUUUUCUUUGGCUGCCAUAAAGACCCACAGACAACUGUUUUUGAGAAUGGGAAGAGUCAGAUGGGUCGUUUUGCCUUCGAAGUGUUCCGUUUUGUCAAACACAGACACCAGAAGAUGUCCACUGUGUUUCUGCACUGUGUCACCAAGCUGUGUCGGGUAGAUGACUGUGUCCUGCUCAUGCCGAUCUGUGGCCAUCGGCGCAGGAGGGACGUAGAGGAUAGCCUGGAGUCUCGGCCGUCGUCUGGGGAUGCCAUCAUCACUGCUGGACCCAUCAUCACCAGGAUUGAUGAAACUCCAAUGAAUAACUCACAACUCGCUGCAUCGAGUGGCCACUCCCUCCCGUUGAACCCAGUGACCAGCGCUCUGCUGUCAGGUGUGGUCAUUCUGGGCGUGUUCAGUCUGGGCUUCUUCCUGCUCUCGCUCCGCCUCCUCCGCAGACCCCGUCUCCCUACAGCCACACCCUCAGGAGCAUGGAACCCUGGCUUCAAAUAAACCUCUCGUGGGUGUGCUCUCUCUCUCUCUCUCUUUCUCUCUCUCUCUCUCUCUCUCUCUCUCUCUCUCUCUCUCUCUCUCUCUCUCUCUCUCUCGCACAAGCAUUUCGCUACACUCGCAUUAACAUCUGCUAACCAUGUGUAUGUGACAAAUAAAAUUGGAUUUGAUUUGAUCUCUCUCUCUCUCUCUCUCUCUCUCAUUAUCUCUGACUCAUUCUCCCCCUCAUUUUUUUUAUCCAUCUAACUAUAACUAAUAACUACAGUUUGUAUUUGCACUGCAGCUAAAAUAGGCAGGUGAGGUGUAAUUGGUGUGAAAAUACGAUGCAGAAUGUCAAUAACUUGCAAAUAAACUCACAGUAGACAUAACUGGGAUCUCAAACAAUUAUUCUAGAGUAAGAGGUUUAGCCACAAGCAAUAGUUUCACUAUGUGCCUAUGUACCUACCAAGUAAAUACAUCAAUACAUAAUAGGGACAGUUAUUGUAGAACGGGACCUGUAUUUUCUGAAAGGUUUACUUAGCUACUCUACCUUCCUUGAAUGUGUACUUACUCUCCAUUUCGCUAACGUACUCUUAUCUGUCAGCUGUAACAGUCACUGUCAUGCCAAACUCUAUCACACAUUCACGUGUACAUGUACAUACACAUACUCAAGCGCAUAUUGAUGCUGUAAAUAGUUCAUUCCUACUUUGUGUACAGGGGAACAGUAUAUGUUCAAUAAUAAUAAUGUUAUGUACUGUUUUCCUUGUUUUGUUCUGAUCCUUUGAUAGACCCGUGUAUUGUUUUUUUACAGGUAGUGUGUAAUAAAACUGACCCAGGUCAGUAUGUGAGGCUGAUUUCACAUCUUUUCAA